AUGUCCCCUUCAGUCUCCGCUCGUGACGCCGAUGCCACGCUCGGCAAGUUCCACUGUUUCGGUGCUCUCCCUUGCGAACUUCGACAUAUGAUUUGGAAGUUUGCUGCCCGAAACGUGCAGCGAGGCGUACAUGUCCUCGGAGCGGUGCGGAAUGGCCAAGCUACGAAUCCUGACAGCGCAGUCGGGCUGACUCUGGUAGCGCCAAAGGUCCAGGAUAUUCCUGGUUCAACUUGGCUGUGGUUUGAUGGUAAUCCAUCAACUUAUAUACAAGAUUCCGGUCUCUGGAUGGCAUGUCCUGAAUCGCGGGACAUUAUGAGGCGUCAGUACAAACGCCUCGAGGAUGCCAUCACUGAGAACGAGGCAAGCCACAAAAGCCACUUCGUGCACCUCGGGGGAAAACGCUACUUCAAAGCGUUCCCCGCCCAAGAUCUCCUCUGCCUUUAUCCAUUGGAAACAAGUCUUCCAUUUUGCGCCUUGCCCUUUUUUGAGUUGCCGGACCGUCUCCGCAACGGCAACUUAAACAACUUUAAAAACAUGGCGCUGGAAUAUGACCCCGCAUGGAUGAAUGGCCCCCUAUCUGCCACAACAGAUAAGGCUAGGGAGAGGGCUAGGGAAGAGAUGUGGAGCGAAGACAGCCUUCGUGGAGUCUUUAUUCGGGCACUAUGGGCGAUAGCAAAGCGUAAUGGACCUGCAGACCUUACGUUCUGGCUCAUUGACCGUACCGUCCGGCGUCGAGAAAAGCCAUCGAACCUCUACAUGCCUUUUGGCGAUGAUGACGACGACGACGACGCUACGAAGACCCAAGAAAAGACUGAACCCAAGGUAUUCCAUGGGAGCGACGGCCAGUAUGUUGAAGUCCAUGACCUGAGGGAGUGCAAGUACAAUGUCGUCAAGUCCAACACGGCAUUUCACUUCCUCCACUGGCUUCAAAUCGACGUUGGCUUCAACGUUCGCUGGAUGGUCAGCCGGCGCCGUGGCCAGAAUCAUCUGCCCCUGCCACAAGGCCUGGGCGAUCUGGUCAAGAUCUUGUGCGUCGAGCCGACAUAG